UGUGCAGCUCCAUAAGAUACACAUGCAUGCCAAAUAUCAAGUUUCUAUCUUCAAUAUUGCAAAAGUAUUCAUAAAAUAAGCGAUUUGGGCCACAUAUAUUUGACCUCUGACCUUGAAGGAUGACCUUGACCUUUCACCACUCAAAAUGUGCAGCUCCAUAAGAUACACAUGCAUGCCAAAUAUCAAGUUGCUAUCUUCAAUAUUGCAAAAGUAUUCAUAAAAUGAGCGAUUUUGGCCACAUAUAUUUGACCUCUGACCUUGAAGGAUGACCUUGACCUUGACCUUUCACCACUCAAAAUGUGCAGCUUCAUAAGAUACACAUGCAUGCCAAAUAUGAAGUUGCUAUCUUCAAUAUAGCAAAAGUUAUUGCAAAAUGUGAAAGUUGGCGCAAACAGACCAACAGACAGACCAACAGACCAACAGACAGACAGACAGACAGGGCAAAAACAAUAUGUCCCCCACUACUAUAGUGGGGGACAUAAAAAAUGAGUCUUGAACUGCUGAAAAUUUUGAAAAAAUGAGUUGCGAACUUAAGUUAUUGUGAAAAUUUGAGUCGCAAACUUGUUAAAAUUUGAGUCGAUAACUUUUACAAAUUGUGAACAUUUGCGUCGAUAACUUCUCAAAUUUGUAAAUAAUUCUUUAAGAAGGAAAAAAGCCCUGUAUUUGGUAUGCGACAUCAGAUUAUGGUCCUCUACAAAGAUUGUUUAACCCUUUCUCAUUAAGAAGCAAAGUGAAAAUGGCUUUGUUUAACUCUUUCCCACUUAGAAGCAAAGUGAAAAUGGCUCUGUGCAAAAAGCAUAAAAUCAGAAGAGCCUGGGAGUAACUCGCUGUUUGUUUAGGUUUUAUGCUGUUUGCUGCACAUUUAUAAGGUUUGGAGAUGAAUCCUUAAAAACUUGAAUCUAAAAAGAAAUGUCCCUAAUGAAAUAUAACUUUCCAAGGGACUACAAAUGCGUGAAAAUAUGUAUCUAAGUGGUAAAGGGUUAAACUGUAGCCCGGGUUAGAAGCUGGCCGCACCCCACACAGGAUGAGCGAUCUUGGACCAUCUUUGCCCUUUUGUUUUAUAUGUAUGUAGUGAACAAUUUUAUAUUUGCAAUUUCUACCCCAGACCAUAUCAAAAACCUAGAUAAAAAACCACAAAGAUAAAAAAGAAUGCACAGUUUUUAUUUACUUGUCUCAGGUAAGCGACCGAGGCCUUUAAGACCUCUUUUUUCUUCAAUUUGACCUAGUGAACUAGUUCUUGAUCCCACGCAUAAAAGUUUCCAACUCGAACAAGUUAUUAUUGAAACAAAUGUUCUUAUCAAGUUUCAUCAGCUAAUUGUUCAAAUGUUUCUGGAAACAUCAAAGAAGCUGCUCAAAACAUUGGGUCUUUGGUGUGGGACCUUGGGCAUUUGGUCCUCUUGUUGAUAAAAAGACAAUAGUUAUAUUAUAAAGUUUAAUGGUUGGUGUAAAUCAACAUUAUUUUACUGACAAUGCUGAGAAAACAUAAAUGCUCUAUAACUCCAGCCUACUAAAAUCAUAUUUUAUGACAAGAAUUUCACAGCUCUGCAGAACUGUUGGAAAUAGUACACACGAGUAUAGCAUUUCGUCAUCAUCAUGUACUAACAAUAGUACACACGAGUAUAGCAAUUCGUCAUCAUCAUGUACUAACAAUAGUACACACGAGUAUAGCAAUUCGUCAUCAUCAUAUACUAACAAUAGUACACACGAGUAUAGCAAUUCGUCAUCAUCAUGUACUAACAAUGGUACACACGAGUAUAGCAAUUCGUCAGUAUCAUGAAUAAACAAUAGUACACAUGAGUAUAGCAAUUCGUCAUCAUCAUGUACUAACAAUAGUACACACGAGUAUAGCAAUUCGUCAUCAUCAUGUACAAACAAUAGUACAACCGAGUAUAGCAAUUCGACAUCAUCAUGUACUAACAAUAGUACACACGAGUAUAGCAAUUCGUCAUCAUCAUGUACUAACAAUGGUAUACACGAGUAUAGCAAUUGGUCAUCAUCAUGUACUAACAAUAGUACACACGAGUAAAGCAAUUCGUCAUCAUCAUGUACUAACAAUAGUACACACGAGUAUAGCGAUUCGUCAUCAUCAUGUACUAACAAUAGUACACACGAGUAUAGCAAUUGGUCAUCAUCAUGUACUAACAAUAGUACACACGAGUAUAGCAAUUGGUCAUCAUCAUGUACUAACAAUUGUACACACGAGUAAAGCGUUACUCCAUCAUCAUGUACUAACAAUAGUACACACGAGUAUAGCCAUACUUCAUCAUCAUGUACUAACAAUUGUACACACGAGUAUAGCCAUACUUCAUCAUCAUGUACUAACAAUAGUACACAAGAGUAUAGCCAUACUUCAUCAUCAUGUACUAACAAUAGAACACACGAGUAUAGUCAUACUUCAUCAUCAUGUACUAACAAUAGUACACACGAGUAUAGCAAUAAUUCAUCAUCAUGUACUAACAAUAGUACACACGAGAAUAGCCAUACUUCAUCAUCAUGUACUAACAAUAGUACACACGAGUAUAGCAAUACUUCAUCAUCAUGUACUAACAAUAGUACACAGGAGUAUAGCAAUAAUUCAUUAUCAUGUACUAACAAUAGUACACACGAGUAUAGCCAUACUUCAUCAUCAUGUACUAACAAUAGUACACACCAGUAAAGCGAUACUUCAUCAUCAUGCACUGACAAUAGUUCACACGAGUAUAGCAAUACUUCAUCAUCAUGCACUUACAAUAGUUCACACCAGUAAAGCGAAACUUCAUCAUCAUGCACUGACAAUAGUACACACAAGUAUAGCCAUACUUCAUCAUCAUGUACUAACAAUAUUACGCACAAGUAUAGAGAGUAUAGCGUUACUUCAUCAUCAUGUACUUACAAUAGUACACACGAGUAUAGCGAUACUUCAUCAUCAUGCACUGAUAAUAGUACACACGAGUAUAGCCAUACUUCAUCAUCAUGUACUUACAAUAGUACACACGAGUAUAGCCAUACUUCAUCAUCAUGUACUGAUAAUAGUACACACGAGUAUAGCGAUACUUCAUCAUCAUGUACUAACAAUAGUACACACGAGUAUAGCAAUAAUUCAUCAUCAUGUACUAACAAUAGUACACACCAGUAAAGCGAUACUUCAUCAUCAUGUUCCAACAAUAGUACACAAGAGUAUAGCCAUACUUCAUCAUCAUGUACUAACAAUAGUACACACGAGUAUAGCCAUACUUCAUCAUCAUGUACUAACAAUUGUACACACGAGUAUAGCCAUACUUCAUCAUCAUGUACUAACAAUAGUACACACGAGUAUAGCCAUACUUCAUCAUCAUGUACUAACAAUUGUACACACGAGUAUAGCCAUACUUCAUCAUCAUGUACUAACAAUAGUACACAAGAGUAUAGCCAUACUUCAUCAUCAUGUACUAACAAUAGAACACACGAGUAUAGUCAUACUUCAUCAUCAUGUACUAACAAUAGUACACACGAGUAUAGCAAUAAUUCAUCAUCAUGUACUAGCAAUAGUACACACGAGAAUAGCCAUACUUCAUCAUCAUGAACUAACAAUAGUACACACGAGUAUAGCAAUACUUCAUCAUCAUGUACUAACAAUAGUACACAGGAGUAUAGCAAUAAUUCAUUAUCAUGUACUAACAAUAGUACACACGAGUAUAGCCAUACUUCAUCAUCAUGUACUAACAAUAGUACACACCAGUAAAGCGAUACUUCAUCAUCAUGCACUGACAAUAGUUCACACGAGUAUAGCAAUACUUCAUCAUCAUGCACUUACAAUAGUUCACACCAGUAAAGCGAAACUUCAUCAUCAUGCACUGACAAUAGUACACACAAGUAUAGCCAUACUUCAUCAUCAUGUACUAACAAUAUUACGCACAAGUAUAGAGAGUAUAGCGUUACUUCAUCAUCAUGUACUUACAAUAGUACACACGAGUAUAGCGAUACUUCAUCAUCAUGCACUGAUAAUAGUACACACGAGUAUAGCCAUACUUCAUCAUCAUGUACUUACAAUAGUACACACGAGUAUAGCCAUACUUCAUCAUCAUGUACUGAUAAUAGUACACACGAGUAUAGCGAUACUUCAUCAUCAUGUACUAACAAUAGUACACACGAGUGUAGUGAUACUUCAUCAUCAUGUACUAAGUCUUUUUGCCCUACACAAAUGAAGAGUCUCAACAGAACAACAUUUUACAAAAUAAAAAUAUAUAACACUUAAGCCUUUGUAAAGAGACCAGUAAAAUAAGUAUUUUAUAUUAUCACAAAUAGAAAAUGGAAUCACAUUUAAAUAACAUCAUAUUCUUGAAAUGCAAAAUAUUGCUAGCUUACAUAACUAUUGUCUUCAAUUAUGCCCCGUGUUGAUGUUGAUGACGAAUUAUUUUUUAAUU